UCCAGAGGGAAUCCAGAGGAUGUAGGAUGUGCUUUGCAACAUUAGGUGUGUGCUGAGACACUUGCUGUGGAAGGAGGAAUGUCCCCAGCCAGCCUGGACUGGGGAAAGCUGGUGUCAUGGCCACAGGAUUCCAGGACUCUGGAGAUCAAAGGGAGCACUGACGGACUCUUCACGCUCCAACUGUAACUUGAAGAUGCUCAGCCAGCAGCAGCGGAGAGCUUCACUGCGUGAUCCUAUUGCUCUGCAUAGACAGAGGCAUCAAGGUUAUGUUUAUACCUACAGAGUGUCCAGGACAGAAACUGGAUCCUGGAGUGCUGAGACAGCACCUGGUGUCCACCGGAGGCUCUUUCGGAAAGUGCACAACCUCAUUUCAGCCUUCCAGAAGCCUGACCAAGGCAUCGUGACGCCUCUGCAGCACCCAGUCAUCAACCACGCCAAAGCCAAAUACUCCCCCAGGCAGAAAUGAAGGCCAUGGCUUCUUCCUGCACCCAAAAUGAUGACAUUUCCUGAAGUGGAACCAUGUCUUCCAGUGUCUCCUUUAGCUCAUGCUCUAGACCAGAACAACUUAUAUGCCAAUUGAACCAACUCCAUGAGUUUUCUAAGUUUUCUAGCUCAAAACAUAGCAGCUGGAAGUUUCAGAGUGUUCUGAUUUUUUUCUUUUCUUUCGGUCUGCAAAGAUAAAAA